UCGCGUCCAAUAUCAGCUUCGCCUUUUCUGUGUCGCCGCCAUUUCACCAGACGAAGGACUCCAGACUGAACAUUUUUUGCUGUUGUGGCGACAACGGAACAACAACAACACAACUGAGCAGCGACCCUCAUUGUUUUUACGACCUUAAACUCGUGUUUGUCUGUAUCUAGACCUAGUCUGAGUGGGUUAGAGCAGUUUAAUCUGAUAAAGGAGGAGGACAGCGAACAUCUGAAGGCAAAAUGUCGACCGACGUUAAAUCAGAGAAGCCAGAGAAACAACAAGGAAAUGCAGUGAAUGGCAAGUCCAACCAUGAGUCAAGAAAGGAGAGGCCCCAGAAGCGUGGUGGCGGGGGACGGUUUGAACCUUACGGAAACCCCAACAAGAGAUACCGUGUGUUUGUCAGCAACAUUCCCUAUGAUGUUAAAUGGCAAACUCUGAAAGAUCUCAUGAAGGAGAAAGUGGGUGAGGUAACGUACGUGGAACACUUAAUGGACGGAGAAGGCAAAUCAAGGGUAAGUGCAAGAGACGAACCUCCAUUUGUCCGCUUGAGUUCUUACAUGUACUCUCUUGAUGUUGAAUGUAUUAAAGUGGCCUGUUAUAAACAAUCCUCUUUGUGCUUCUCCAAGGAUCCAGAUGGAGUGAUUGCCCAGCGUGAAACUAAUCGUGCUCACGGGGGGAGUGGUGGUGGUGGUGGUGGUGGACCCCCAGGCAUGGGUGGAGGAAUGGGAGGAGGCAUGGGUGGAGGAAUGGGCAUGGGGAUGGGCCCGGGGCCUGGUGGUCCUUCAAUGGUCAACAUCCCUCCCAGUCUCAUGAACAACCCCAACAUUCCCAACGAGAUCAUCCAUGGACUCCAGGCUGGAAAAAUCGGAAGCACCAUUUUUGUGGCCAAUCUGGACUACAAGGUUGGAUGGAAGAAGCUCAAGGAGGUGUUUGGAAUGGCUGGAGCGGUUGUGCGUGCAGAUAUCCUGGAGGAUAAAGACGGGAAAAGCAGGGGAAUGGGAACGGUCACAUUUGAGAUGCCCAUUGAGGCCGUUCAAGCAGUCUCCAUGUUCAACGGACAGCUUCUCUUCAACAGGGUCAUGCACGUCAAACUGGAUGAGAAAUCUCUUCCCAAAGGUGACUUUGCUCCCCCAGACCGUCCUCCAGCACUUCCUCGUGGUCUGAGCGGUGUUGGUCUCGGUCUGGGACCCGGCGGUCAACCCAUCGACGCUACCCAGCUCAACCGGGGUGGGAUGGGCAACAUGGGACCAGGAGGAAUGGAUGGAAUGGGAUUUGGUGGCAUGGGUAGAAUGGGAGGGAUGGAUAAUUUUGGAGGUGGUAUGAACAACAUGGAUCGUUUCGGACCCUCUGGAAUGGGAAGAAUGAAUGAUAUGGAUCGUGGAAUUGGCGGUGGCUUUGAUAGAGAUUUCGGUGCCCGUAAUGAUAUGGGUAUGUCCCGUUGCAACUUCGGAGAUACUUUUGACCGAGGAAUGGGGAACUCCGUGGGAAUUGAUCGCAUGAAUUCUGGCAUGGAGCGGCUUGGCGGUGGCAUGGACCGCAUGGGAGGCCUAGACCGGAUGGGAAUGGAUCGCAUGGACCGCAUGUCUGAUCUGGACCGGUUGGGAUCUGGUUUUGACAGAAUGGGUUCAGGGCUUGACCGGCUGGGGCCCAGUAUGGAUCGGCUGGGAUCAGGCCUCGACCGCAUGAGCUCCAGCGUGGACCGCAUGGGCCCUGGUGGGUUCGACCGCUUGGGCGCGUCCGGCAUGGAUCGCAUGACUGGCGGGAUGGACUUUGCCUCACCUAUAGGCAUGGACAGGAUGAACUCGGGCCUUGACCGAAUGGGUUCAAACUUUGACCGCAUGGGCUCCGGUGGCAUGGACCGCUUCCCCUCCUCAGGUCUCGACCGCAUGGGUUCCAGCAUGGACCGGAUGGGCUCUGGUGGCGUCGGUGGGCAGUUUGACAGACCGGCUGAUAUGGAUCGUGGCAACUUCGGGACUCCUUUCAGUGGGUCUGGACAAGGAGGGCCAGGGGCUGGUGGAGCUAAUGCCAGGAAGGGAUGCCAGAUUUUUGUCAGAAAUCUGCCCUUUGACUUCACCUGGAAGAUGUUGAAGGACACUUUCAAUUCAUGUGGCAUCGUGCAGUAUGCAGACAUUAAGAUGGAGAACGGCAAGUCCAAGGGCUGUGGUGUGGUGCGCUUUGACAGUCCCGAGACUGCCGAGCGAGCCUGUCGUACCAUGAACGGCUACCGGCUCAGCGGACGAGAGAUUGACGUCAGGAUUGACAGAAAUGCAUAAUCGUCCUUUUUGCCUUCUGAUUCCUUCCACCCCUCUAUGGUUUCCAAAUUAUUAGUUCAUUACAUAUUUGUAUUGUGCCGAAUGGUACACUUUUAGUUAUGCUUUUGACUUUUAGAGACCAAAUGUUUUUUUUCUCCCCAAUUUUUAUUGUGAUGCUUUCAAAGAAAUUGCCUUUGUUAAAGGUUUGCUAAUAAAUCUCAACAUUGAGAACUUGA